AUGUGGAUCAAAUACUAUCCUGUUGAUCCCAAGCUGGAAGAAGAUGCUUGCUCAUACGUUGAUAAGCUUCUAAAGGGGGAUAUUACGCAACAUUCGAGCAAUAUCCGACGUAAGAAACCAGAACACAAUGUGUAUCCGAUGGAGCCAAUUCACAACUCGCUACCCAUUUCUCAAAGUGAUUGCAGUAUUGAAGAAGGGAUCUUGGAACGGUUUCCCUUUUUGCGUGACAUUGAGAAAGAAGUGUCACCAGCCGAUCCAACAAGCAUCCAACAUGUAUGGUCCGAUAAUCAGCUGGAUGAGUGUCUCGCGCGGCCAUUUCAUACUCCUAUCUUCUGGCGCGGUUAUACUCAGCAAUACCCCCUGCAUGGCAUACCAUUAUCCAUAUCUGAAUUCUUCAAACGCCUAGGUCAAUUGGGUAUUGAAUCGCUGCAUGUUCAUGACCAUACCCGUGAAGUGCCAAACUGCGUUCUGGGUUUAAGCGACAUCAAGACGCUUUUCGAAUCAACAGAACUUGAGGGAUUGAACUGCCUGGAUAUACGAAAUGAGUUUUGUUCUAGAGUGCCGCCUCAUGUGAGCAGAUUCGAUUCUCUUCACAUGGCUUUUCGACGGGCUGGAAAAUCGGUAUCAAAAGAUGCACCCUUGAAAGUUAGAUGGGAUUACGCAGAUCACGAGUUCUUUCUCCUCUCCGGCAAAAACUCUGUUUCUACAAUUCAUGUGGAUACUGCUGGCCAACUCACAUAUAUCAUUGGCAUCUCUGGCUGUAAGACAUGGUAUCUACCUCGCAAGCUAACUACCGACGCCAUCGAUAAGCUUACGACGUUUGGGAGCUCUACUCCCGAGGGUUAUGGUGGCUGGAUAAAGAUUAAUAUUCAGCCUGGGGAUCUUUUGAUUAUGCCACCUGGAUGUCUUCAUGCAGUCUUUACCCCCGAGAAUUCAUUGACCUUUGGAGGAAACUUUUAUACCUUAUCCCACCUUGGGAAUAGUCUUCGGAUGCUGGAGAAACAGGCCAAAUUUGGCUACAACUUCAGUAAUGAAUCUAUAAAAGAGGAUGAUUAUAAGAAUUUCCUUCUUAUGUUAGACACUCCUGAGAUUGAGAUGAAUUCUGAGCUACGAACAAGCAUUGCCUCAAUAAGUCAGUCAUGGGAUGUCACUGGGGACCAUAUCAACGAGGGUUUUCCAAGGCUGCACCAAAAACUAUACAACCGGAUAUGUCAGGCACGGGACAAAUUGUUAAGAACUUAUGAGAUAGUUUGA